AUGAGAAAUAUAUUAAGAAAUAUACUCUGGCUGUCUAAGUACUUCUGUACUAAUUACUGUAUAACAACUCAAAAUAUUUCUAAAUUGUUUAUUCUUUGCCUACUUUAUAGUAUACCUCUUUAUAGAGUAGCUUGUAGACUAAGCAUAGAUAGCUUGUAUGCCUUGCAAUACACGCCCAUACCAAAUAUAGAAUUGCACAAUGCUGGAGGUUUAUUUAUUAAUGAAAGUGGAAGUUUGAAUCUUUUAAGAGGAUAUAUUUACUGCACGCCAGAAAUGGUUAAAAUUCUGCAUGACAGAAUAAAGCUAGAGAAAGAAAGAAUAGAAAAAAUGAGUGUUUGUAAUAGAGAUUACUUAGGAACAUCGAACAGUAUAGACAAAAGGUAUUUGCUUGAGUAUAUUCACGUAUUUAAUAUUCUAUUUCCAUCAUACGCCAUUCCUGGUUAUCCAGAGAAUCAAUUUUCCGAAUUUAAGCAAUUUUUACUGCAAAAAAACAAUGGGGCUUAUAUUCUAGCAAUGCUAUUCCUUCUAUCUGAAGGCGUUGAGAUAAAUAUAGGCAUAAAUCAUGUCAUAGGCGGAAAUAAUAUGACCAGUGAAAGCGAUGACUUUUCUCGGGUCGCAGUAUUAAUAUACCAAAGGGAUCUACAAAUUAUAGGUGUAGAGUCUGGGUAUAUCAAAGAUAUAAUUAAUUUUUUUAAAAACAGCAAUAAACAUGCCUGCUUUUCAAGUAUGAUUGCUGAAAAAAAUGACUUCAUAGGUAUAAAAGACAUAAAUGCAAACAAUUUUAUGCUUAGUCCAAAAUACUUAAUACAGAUGUAUCUAUGGGAGUAUUUUGAGAAUGAAACAGAUGUUUUUGCAUUUUAUAAUGAAGUGUAUAGAAAAAUUAAAAGCUAUUCAAUUGAGCAUACCAAAAAUCAGCGCACAGCUUCAAAUGUUGAUAUAAAAAGUUUAUAUUGUGAUAUAUUCAUAAGUAAAGAAAAAAUAUGCUAUUCUUUUUUUACAGAAGAGUUCUAUAGCACAUUUAAGACCAUCUGUCAACCACCAUCUCCAAUUCCAUUUUCUAUCAAAUAUAAAAAACCAUUUAAUUACAUGCUUCCUGGAAUUUUUUCCCCCAUUGGCUCAAAGGAACCUCUUAUGUACAAUACAUGCAGCAUGAGCACAUGUCUAUUUGUUUUAUUGUCGUGCUUUCUUUACUCCCCUAAAAAAGGCACAUUCUUAAUUUAUGAUAUGCCAAAAGACUAUUACCAAAAUAAAACAGAGCUCUUAAACUGUUUCACACCACCCUCUGAAAAUACUAAGAAUGCACUAUAUGAGUGGAAUAGGUUUUUAGCAAGCACAGUAUUUAACAAAAGAAGUAUGCAUGACUCCUCCAUAAACAGAUAUCUGAAAGCAACCUUAAAGGGUGGUAUAUUCAAUCUAUUCGAUUUACUUAGUAAAAUAGUAAAUAUCUCUAAUAUUAAUCUAAAUAUACUUAAUCUUUUGAAAACCCUAUCAAGCCCUUUUGAUGUUAUUCCCAUUGAAGUGACUUCGCAGAUAAACACGUUUAUCCACGGUGUGUUCAGUGAUCUAACUAUGGACAUCCAAGAAAGACAAGUAUUUACAUCAUUAUCUGAGGUUAAAAAGCUACCAACACCAAGUGGCGAGUAUGAUUUGUUUGGAACUCUUGCAAUAUCCUACAUAUAUAAUGAUAUACAGAGUAGUAUUGUUAUAGAUAUGCACCCUUGUUACACAUAUACCUUUUUGUUACCCGAAAAAAGAAUAUGCAACAAUAAUACAAACGAUCUUAUAAAUUCUUUUAUAAAAGCCAUACCACGCAACUCUAUGUUUAUUCACUCUUUAAUUAAGCACUAUUUAAAUUUGCUGAGUAAUAGUAUCAAAAGAGAAAUAGGAGAAGCAAUAUAA